GAAAGCACCAUAAAUACCCCAAAUAAUGGAUGAGGAAAAUGUUACUGAAGUGACAGAGUUUAUUCUUUUAGGAUUCACAGGAGACGUGGUGUUGCAGCAAGUACUCUUUUUCAUCUUCCUUACCAUUUACAUCAUCAGUCUGCUAGGGAAUAUUACUCUGAUUUCUCUCAUCUGUGCUGAUUCACGACUCCAUACACCCAUGUAUUUCUUCAUUGGAAACCUGUCAUUCCUGGAUCUCUGGUAUUCUUCUGUCUAUGCCCCCAAAAUCCUGAUAACAUGCAUCACUGAAGACAAAAGCAUCUCCUUUGGUGGUUGCCUGGCUCAGUUCUUCUUCUCUGCUGGGCUGGCCUACAGUGAAUGCUACCUACUGGCUGCCAUGGCUUAUGAUCGUUAUGUGGCCAUCUCCAACCCCUUGCUUUACUCCCAGGCUAUGUCCCCAAGGUUAUGUGCCAGUCUUGUUGCAGCAUCCUACCUUGGUGGCUUUGCAAACUCCACCAUUAUCACCAGUGAGACAUUUACCCUGAGCUUCUGUCGAGACAAUAUCAUUGAUGACUUCUUCUGUGAUCUGCCUCCUCUUGUGAAGUUGGCGUGUGAUGUGAAAGAGAGCUACCAGGCUGUGCUCUAUUUCAUAUUGGCUUCUAAUGUCAUCACUCCCACUGUGCUUAUUUUGGCCUCCUACCUCUUCAUCAUUGUAGCCAUCCUGAAGAUCCGCUCCACCCAGGGCCGCCUCAAGGCCUUCUCCACAUGUGGUUCCCACCUGACAGCUGUCACUUUGUACUAUGGUUCAAUCCUCUUUAUUUACUCCCGACCAAGCACAAGUUAUGCCCUGGAGAGGGACAAAGUGGUAUCAGUGUUCUAUACUGUAGUGAUUCCAAUGCUUAACCCUCUGAUCUACAGUUUACGAAAUAAAGAUGUCAAGGAUGCAUUGAGGAAAAUGUUAGACACAGUCAAGUUGUCAUGA